GAGUUCGGAGGACCAGUGCGAGGUGCUUGAGUGGUUCGUGGAUGACGAGAAAAAACACAGGAAUAAGCCCCAUCCCCGUCACCAAGGACAUGGUGGAGGAGAACAAGGCAAAAUGGAAGGAGAUCAACGCCAGGCCCAUUAAGCGAGUGGCCGAGGCUAAGGCCAGGAAGAAGAGGAGGAUGCUGAAGAAGAUGGAAUCAGCCAAGAAGAAGGCAGAGGCGGUGGUCAGCACAGUGGACAUUGGUGAAAGGGAGAAGAUGGCUCAGCUCAAGAGAGUCAUUCGGGUGAGAAGUAAGGUGUAUGGACUUUACCGAGUCUCACACCGACACAGUGUCCAGCCUUGCUGUUGCAGCGUGGCAGCACAUGAGAGGAAUGUCAGGCGUGUGCGCUUACUGAUCCGUAGAGGCUGCAGUGUGGACAGCAGUGUUGACAGCAGGGACAACCGUGCCUGGAACGUCCUCCAGGAGACUGUAUGUGUGCGGCAGCAACUUAAAAGGCUCUGCAUGGUCAAUCCGACAUCUGAAGUGGCCACACAGAAUUUACUGCGAUGCAGCCUCUGUACAUGUCAGGGCUUUCAUAAUUAUUGUGCUAGUGGAGCAGAGCAGAGCUAUUUUGAAGGUGAUAAAGGAAUUUAUAUGUUUAAAGUAAUGACUAAAGGAUUCCACCCUGAAAUCAUGUAAUUGUAUGAAAUGUGUUAGAGUAAUAAUUCCAUAAUGUGUGUGACUAGGCCAUUGUGUUACUAUUUCACAAUAUGAGCUGGGUAGAGUUGAGACAUUCAAGGCCAACUGAACUGUCAACUUGUGAUAACUCUGAAAACUGACAAUAGGUUAGAGGGCCCUUCCAAAGCCCCUCUAAUCUAGGGAGGAGAGGAACGGCUAGAAACUGCCAGGCAGGUAGAAAAGUGAUAAACUGUGUGUGUGUGUGUUAUAAAAUGACUGUGUUUGCAUUUUCAACUUCAGAGUACUCUGAACAAAGAACUAACCUAUUGCAGACUGGGGGCUUUGUCUAAUUAUUCAUUAACCAGGGUAUUACAAACUUCUAGGAAUUGGUCAAAGCUAUAGUGAUAGUUGAGUUCAACCAUUGGGAUAAAAAUUCUUGUGACAGAAGGAAGUUGUCAAGUAAGUGAGUUUGUGUUCAUACAGGACGUACCACCCCCACCUACCAUCAACCAAUCAUGUCAAAGCUAUAUGGAGCCCUCUGCAUCGUUACAAAAUUUGAGAGGCGCACAGCGAUACGGUACGGAGCUUGAUCGAGCCUCUGCAUGCCUCCGGAAGCUCUGCAAUUGUGUCACACUCUCCUUAUGAAGCCUCCGACCACAUUUUUGGAUCAAGCAUAAACUGGCAUUUAGGCUGUCGGUAAGGAUUGUGUAAGUGCACCAUCUUUCUCUUUCUAUGGCUCUUCCUCAAUUGUGAAAGCCAACCUAAUGAUGAGCUAAGUUGACGACUCACUAAAUUAUUCCGCUGCUCUGUCGUUCGCUAUGUACUUUAAAGCACACAGGUAGGAUUGUCAAAUCUUUGCCUGCCAACGGAAUUUUGCCUGCCGUUCCGAGGUGAGACAAAAAGCAGAACUACAAUAGUCCCAGUAUGUAAAAUUAUGUUGACAAGAUGUUCCAUCAGCAAGGGCAUUGAAGAUGAAACGUGGCUGGGUCUUUCAGCAUGACAAUGAUCCCAAACACACCGUCCAGGCAACGAAGGAGUGACUUCGUAAGAAGCAUUUCAAGGUCCUGGAGUGGCCUAGCCAGUCUCCAGAUCUCAACCCCAUAGAAAAUCUUUGGAGGGAGUUGAAAGUCCGUGUUGCCCCAAAACAUCACUGCUCUAGAGGAGAUCUGCAUGGAGGAAUGGGCCAAAAUACCAGCAACAGUGUUUGAAAACCUUGUGAAGACUUACAGAAAACGUUUGACCUCUGUCAUUGCCAACAAAGGGUAUAUAACAAAGUAUUGAGAUAAACUUUUGUUAUUGACCAAAUACUUAUUUUCCACCAUAAUCU